UUUCGGUCCGACUCGCGGGCCAGUUUAGUUCACAUAAUACUUUUAGUUCACAGAUAAUAAAUACACUUGACAUAUGAGAUUUUAGUUUGUGUAGUGUAGUACAUCCUUCGAACGCGCCGCACGUAGCAACGCUGUGAUCAUUUUUAAACGCAAGUCUAUUAAUGGAAAUAAUAAUAACAUUGACAUCGUUUAUUUUGUGAAAUAAUUAGUGACAUGUAAACUUGUUAUAUUUCGAUAGUGCAUUGAAAUUGUUCAGGUGAGCUCACGGGGCUCAAACCAGAGUGCUGCUAACACUGGCCCUAGCAAGAGCAGUGCUUCGCAGAAUCUACCACCGGUUCGGAAACGUGACCCACUGAGAAGAUCCGGCGAGAAACUUAGCGGGCUGCGUCUAUGGGCUAAUUCACACGAGGACUGUGACCGGACUUUAUUCUGUUUAAAACUGCUAUAUUCAUAUCAUUUCCACUUCCAACACUAGCGCUGUUCCAACAUGAGGUGUCUCCAGUUGCUGCUCUUCUUGGUGUGUGUUGUGACGUCAGCGCGCGCGUACCACGUGCUCUGCGUGUUCCCGAUACCUUCACGCAGCCACAACUCCCUCGGCAAAGGGAUAGUCGACGCCUUGCUUGGAGCUGGCCACGAGGUAACAUGGGCGACUCCGUUCCCUCCUAAAGAAUCGACUAAAGGCCUGAAAAUAAUCGAUGUUAGCGCCACAGCUUCUGUAAGUGAAAUGAUUGACAUGAACGACCAAAGAAACGCUGAUGCUGGUAUCGCGUUGAUCAGGACCUUCGCUGCCAAUAUCACGAGGCUGUCCCUCUCGGUACCAGCGCUGCAGCAGGCGAUCGUCAGCGGGAAAUACGACGCGGUCGUCACGGAGUCCUUCUUCAACGAUGCCGAGGCGGGCUACGGGGCAGUACUUCAAGUGCCCUGGAUCCUGUUGUCCAGCGUCUCCAUAAUGCCCCACUUGGAAGCCAUCAUCGAUGAGGUGCGGUCGAUUACCACCAUACCGCUGCUGUUCAACAACGCCCCAACCCCCAUGGGCUUCUGGGACAGGCUGACAAAUAUCUUCAUCUACAGCGCCAUGACGAUAUCUAAUUGGCUAGAGCGCCCAAACACGGUGGCAUUCUACGAAUCCCUGUUCGCGCCGCUGGCCGCCGCCCGGGGGAUCGCGCUGCCCCCCUUCGAGGAAGCCCUGUACAACGUAUCGGUGCUACUUGUGAACUCCCACCCGGCGUUCGCUCCGCCCAUGAGCUUGCCCCCGAACGUUGUCGAGAUCGGGGGCUACCACAUCAACCCAGAAACACCCCCCUUGCCGAAGGACCUGCAGCACAUCCUGGACUCGUCGCCACAGGGCGUGGUGUACUUCAGCAUGGGCUCAGUGCUCAAGUCGUCCAGACUGUCCGAACGAACUAGACGAGAGAUAUUGGAAGUGUUCGGGUCAUUGUCGCAGACGGUGCUGUGGAAAUUCGAGGAGGAGCUCAAGGAUCUACCGAAGAACGUUAUCGUUCGACCAUGGAUGCCACAGUCCAGCAUCUUGGCUCAUCCGAACGUGAAGGUCUUCAUCACGCACGGCGGCUUGCUCAGCACCCUCGAGACCUUGCAUUACGGGGUACCGAUCCUCGCUGUGCCGGUGUUCGGGGACCAGCCCUCGAACGCCGACAGGGCUGUCCGUCACGGAUUUGCGAAAAGCAUACAGUACAAGCCUGAUAUGGCUAAUGACAUGAAGGUGGCUCUCAAUGAAAUGCUGAGCAAUGAUAGUUACUACACGCGUGCGAGAUAUCUGUCGAAGAUCUUCGGCGAUAAGUUGGUGCCGCCGGCCAAGCUGAUAUCGCAUUACGUGAAGGUCGCCAUCGAAACUAAUGGAGCCUACCAUCUGCGCUCUAAGAGCCUGCUCUAUCCGUGGUACCAGCGUUGGCUCGUGGACAUCAUAGCGGCGCUGUUGCUGGCGUGCCUCGCGGUGUACGUAGCGGCCAGGAGGGUCUUGUGUUACCUCUGGAGCUCCGUGAACGGCGGUGACUGUAACAGGAUUAAAGUCAAGAAAAACUAAUCUGUACUUUAUUUUGUAAAUAAAUCCUUUUUUGUAUUGUUUUUCUUUGUGGGA